UGUUAUGCGACUCAGCGCCUUCUUGACCCGUCUGAAAUUCUAAUUAGGAGUAGAUAUAGCUGAAUUAAUCUUCUUUCGACAAAGUUUUCAUCAUCGGAGGAGCCUGUACGUUGUCAACGUUCUUUUUGAAUUUAUAUUACGAAGUAAUCAACAUGAAGCUUCUGCUCGCAUCAAUGGCCGUUCUAGCCGUGGCAGCUUACGGCUUAGAUGCACAUGCGUGUCAUCCAUGCCCCCCGUUGUGGCUUUUAUUUAGCGGGAACUGCUACCGUUACUUCGGGGGGCCGGCCACUUGGCUAGAGGCUCGGAAUCGCUGCAGGGAUCACUAUUCCUUGAAUGGACGGGCUGAUUUAGUAUCCAUCCACACGGAACAGGAGAACGCCUUCGCUUACGACCUUUCCCGCUCUUCUGCAAGCAUCACUGGUGAGUAUGCGGUUUGGAUUGGUGCCUACCAGACAACACUAGGCUCAAGCGGACCUUUCAUUUGGUCAGAUGGAUCCGGUCUAAACUUCGUGCGAUGGGUGUCUGGUCAGCCGUCCAACGGUGGUAACAACGAGGACUGCGUCCAUUUGUGGCGUAGGAACGCAGGAGAUGAUAUCCUCCAGUCUUGGAACGACCUUUCCUGUGAAAGGGACCUGCCUUUCAUUUGUAAGGUGGCCCCAAACUAGAAAUCCUUAUUUGGUUGUACUCUGAAUUUGAAGCUUCCUUGAUAUAUCUGUAUGGUUAAGCCUACAAUUUGAAUUCUUUGAAUUUUUUUUUUGAAAACCUUGGAAACUAGUAGUGCUAGUAUCAUAUAUUGACUAAGUGGGGCUAUCAUAACGUUCAGAAGGUGUGGCAUGCAUGACCAAUUCUUUUGUCCACAGUCCGUUAGUCAGUCUUUUGUGUUUUCGCUUUAUUGCAAGAGACAAGCUGUGUUAUUAUUAUUAUUAUUAUAAUUAUUAUUAUAUAUAUAUAUAUUUUUUUUUUUUUGGGGGGGGAGGGGGGUAUAAAGGCUCUUCAGGCCCUUUAAAAUACAUGUUGAAAGUACAUUUCUGGAGGCAAUCGGGAAAGGUUGAUUACAAAGUAUUUGAGAAUUGCUGUAUACGCUGAUGUUAUAGAAUCAUCAAAAUGAUGGAAAAGGAUAUUCAAUUUUAGUCACGUUCAGUGAUUACAGUAUUGAGUAUAUGGAACACACACGUGUGGCUUGAAAGUUUAUUCCAACACUUUUAGCUAUUUCUUGUUUUAUUUCAGAUUUGAAGGCAAUUGCAGAGCAAAUCAUUUCAGAGGAUAUCUUUGCCGUAAUAUUUUUCAAACUAAAAAAAAGUAACAUAUUCAAAAGAAAGAGAAAAACUUAAAAUUCUCAUCGCAUCCCUGUACCAGCUCUCAGCCUUCCCUCCACGAGUGAGUGCAAUGUUAAUAAGAUGUUAGAUCUGUAUAAUGUGAUUUGACAUAUAAUUUAGAAGGAUACUUUUAAUUGGUUUUAGAAUGUUGUCAUGUUCUGAUAUUUACUUCAGCGUAUGGAGAUAAGACUGAAAUUUAAACCCGCCGUUUUUUCAAAUAAAAUAUCUUUGCUUUUGAAAUCUACAAAAUAUGAUCAGAUAUAUUAUGCUCCUUGAAAUUAAAGAUAUGUUAUUUGAAAUGGCGAAAUACAGUAAUAUGCCACUGAA